AUACGUCAAGCACAUUCCCAAUUCCCAAGCGCAAAAAUCGUGUCCGACUUUCGCUGCAAUAUGUCUACUUUUGUAGAAUCUACUUUUCCCAUCCUGUAGAAGAAUCAUUCGAUAUGUAAUGAUUUUGUGAAUUUUUUGACAAUUGAUUGAUGUGAUCAUGGCCAGUCCACGGACACGACGAAUGCUGGGUGAAUUGAAGCUGAAGGAUGAAAAUAAUAAAUGCUUUGAAUGUGGCAGCCACAAUCCACAAUGGGUUUCGGUGACAUAUGGGAUUUGGAUAUGUCUAGAGUGUUCAGGCAAACAUCGUGGCUUAGGUGUACACUUGUCAUUUGUCCGCUCUGUCUCUAUGGACAAGUGGAAGGAUGUCGAAUUAGAGAAAAUGAAAGUAGGUGGUAACAGAAAUGCUAGAGAAUUUUUUGAAAGUCAACCUGACUGGGAUGAAGAUAUGUCUAUCUCACAGCGUUACAAUACAAAAGCUGCAGCUUUGUACAGAGAUAAGAUUGCUACAUUGGCACGAGGAGAAUCUUGGAGUCCAAGCAGUUCAGUGGCGAAAGAUUUCGAGCCUUCAGCCUUCAGCACUGAAAACAAACAAGAGUACUUGUAUCAAAGCGAUUUGUCCUCUUCUUAUCAAAAUAUGAAUUCAAACACCAUAAAGACACAAACGGAAUCUUUUUUUGCGAGAAGACAAAAUGAAAACGCCAAUCGUCCAGAUAACAUUCCACCAAGUCAAGGCGGCAAGUACGGUGGUUUCGGUUAUCAAAUGGAUCCACCGCCCAAGAGUUCGUCCCAGGAACUAUUCGACACUGCAGUUUCUUCGUUAGCAACUGGUUGGUCAAUAUUUUCUUCUUCGGCGUCGAAAAUAGCGAGCAAAGCUACCGAAAAUGCUAUCAAAAUUGGAGGAAUUGCGACACAAAAGGUUCGAGACGGCACAUUAUUAGAAGACGUCGGGAGCCAGGUUAAUCAUUUGGUUACAAAGGUAGGGGACAUAACUAGACGAGGAGGAUGGGGUGACAUCGCCGGGACCAAUUCAGCUGAACAACAAAGACAGUAUAAUUCCACAGAUCUAUAUCAAUGUUCCUCCAACUGCCCUAAUGCGUAUCAAAAUAGCGAUUCGAUGCAAUCAAAUCGCUCUAAUGAAAAAUCUUCUCUUGUGAGAAGCUCCAGUUCAAAGAGUAAUAUUUCUACUGGAGGUUUCUCCAACGCAUCAAAUUGCGAUUGGGACUGGAACAAUGAUACAAAGCAAGCUAAUAAAACAGUAAUCUCAAAGAGACAGUCAAAGGAAGAAUCAUUGAUCAGUUUUGAAACAGACAAUAAAGCACAACAAAACUGGAAUUCUAAAGCGGAAGACGACGCCUGGGAAAUACUAAACAAUUAAUUAAACGAAUAUAAUCAGCGCGAAUUAGAGGAAAAUAUCGAUAUGUAUUUAAUUUUGACGAAUUAAAGAGAAAAGACGAAUA